GGCGAAUAUGUGGGGUCUCGGCCACAAGUUCAACCAGUACUCCAGAAGGCGGUGCGGUCACACAGUCCAUAUAUCACUAACCAUUAGUGCAGCGUUCUCAGACUGAAUUGGCGAAGACAAACCUCGAAGAUGAGCAACAACAAGUCUCCUCUCAUUCACACCACUGCCGCAGGACACGACUAUGGUUCGACACGACCCAUUGCCAGCACAUCCCAAGAUGGUGAAGCAAUCAACGGACAGCGCAAUGUCCCAGGUUUUGUCGCCAAUAACGCCGGGAUGCUAUACAUUAUAGCUUCUCAGUUUUUCUUCGCAUCCAUGAAUCUGUCAGUGAAGAUGUUAAACAGCCUGGAGCCUCCGGUGCACGCGUUUGAAGUUAUUGUAGUCAGGAUGGGCAUCACGUUGAUAUGCUGUGUGACAUAUAUGAUUGUCACGGGAGUCCCAAAUCCGAUCAUUGGUCCCAGAGGUGUUCGGACAUUAUUAGUAUUCCGUGGGAUCAGCGGGUUUAUCGGAUUAUGUGGACUGUAUCUGUCGCUUCAGUAUCUAUCUAUUGCAGAUGCGACAGUCUUGACUUUCUUGACACCUAUCACAACGGCGGUCACUGGGUCCCUCCUCCUUAGGGAGGGCUACUCUGUCAUUCAAGCGGUCGCGGGAGUUUUCAGUUUGCUUGGUGUCAUCCUUAUCGCUCGCCCCCCAUUUCUAUUCAACCACAUACUAGCCACUAAUCUUGACGGGCCGGGAACAACACCGGCGCAAAGACUGUGGGCUGUUGGGAUAGCUAUGAUCGGUGUUGUUGGAGCCACUGGGGCAUAUACCUCGAUUCGCGCAAUUGGGAAGCGAGCUCAUCCGAUGCAUGUAAUGACAUUCUUUUCUUUGUGGUGCACCAUCAUGGCAUCUUUGGGGAUGGUCAUCUUCGAUAUUCCUGUUGUAUAUCCUAGAUCAUGGAGAUGGUCACUUCUUUUGCUUAUGGUUGGUGUCUUUGGCUUCCUAGCACAGAUUCUCUUGACGUUGGGGUUGCAGCGAGAAACAGUAUCGCGCGGUUCCACUGGAGUGUAUAUUCAGAUGCUUUUUUCCGUAGUGCUUGAUCGCCUAAUCUUCGGAGUUGUACCGUCUUUACUGUCGGUUCUCGGCGCCAUGAUCAUUGUGUCUUCUGCUCUCUGUGUUGUCUUGACAAAGCCAGUACCCACCCACGUCAGCACCACUGACAGUACAGCGUAACAUAAUGGACGUAAUAUAUUAAAUUCCUGUCCCUUCUCAGGCGGCACUCUUGAACUUUUGCAGGUUUAUAUAAAGCCUGUAAUUGCCUCCCAGUAUGAAAGCUUGUAGCACUCUGUUAUGUCUUCUAUUUUGCUCCGUCUGCUCAUUUGCCUUCGGACAAAAGUCUGAACACCAUCCUCACGUUCACAGCUGAGAUUGACGGCAUCACCUACUAGUGCUCACAUCCCUCUAUCCUAAUACUGUUCUUUCUGCC